UUCUCUUUGAGUUCCUUUCAAUCAAUUCACCUCUUCACCAUCAUACCAUGCAACUUAAUGAACACUUCACAAAAUCUGAAUGUUUAUAGAGAUCCAAUUUAUGAUCCGGAUAAUGUCCGUUUCUUUAUUCUUUUCAGAAUCGUUGAAAUUACUGGAGCUUUUUUGAUGCCUAUACCGUCGGUGAAGGGUCCACCUUUUCUCACACAAAGGAGUGGCUCCGUAGCAUGGGAUUCUCAGUAAGACAUUUCUUGAUCUCCUUCUUGAAUGUGAUCCCAUGGCAACCUCGGGUUUUCUUUGCCCUUUCAGUUUUUUUAUCGUGUUCAUGCUGGUCUGUUUCGGGUCUGGGUUCCAUGUCUUCCAUUGCCAUAUCUUACGGGGAAAAAGGUUCUGUCUUUUGCGGCCUGAGAUCAGAUGGGUCUCAUACUGUGAACUGUUACGGAUCAAACUCAGCCGUAGUCUAUGGAAUACCAACCCAUUUCCCACUUUUGGGUCUAACCGCAGGUGAUGGCUUUGUAUGUGGACUCCUAAUGGAUACUUUCCAACCUUACUGUUGGGGUAGUAGUGGCUACAUCGAAAUGGGUGUUCCACAACCUAUGACGAAAGGAGCAGAGUAUCUAGAAAUCAGUGCUGGGGAUUAUCAUGUUUGUGGAUUAAGGAAACCCUUGACAGGAAGACAGAGAAAUAUUUCUCUUGUCGAUUGUUGGGGAUACAACAUGACCCAGAACCAUGUUUUUGAUGGCCAGAUUCAAUCUAUAUCGGCAGGCUCUGAAUUCAACUGUGGCUUAUUUUCCCAGAACAGAACAGUCUUCUGCUGGGGCGAUGAUACUAGUAGCAGAGUAAUCAGCUUAGUUCCUAAAGAUAAGAAGUUCCAGAAAAUUUCUGCAGGUGGAUUUCAUGUGUGUGGAAUUUUAGAAGGGGUGAAUUCCAGAACUAUUUGUUGGGGAAGGAGCUUGGGCAUUGAGGAAGAAAUUGUGGUGAAACGUUCUGGUCAAGGCAACGUUGAUUUGGCUCCAAAUGAACCUAUGCUUUCUGUUGUGGGCGGAAGAUUUCAUGCUUGUGGUAUCAAAAGUAAUGAUCAUGGGGUGAUUUGCUGGGGUUUUACUAUCAAGGGAAGUACCCCAGUUCCAAGUGGGAUUAAGGUGUUCGAGAUUGCUGCUGGAAACUAUUUUACGUGUGGAAUACUUGCUCAGAAAUCUCUUCUUCCUUCUUGCUGGGGUGUUGGCUUCCCUACUUCUCUACCAUUAGCUGUCUCUCCUGGGCAAUGCCAGCCUAAUCCAUGUCCUCCUGGUUUCUAUGAAAUUGAACAGCAAAAGGGUCUUUGCAAGUCCUCUGAUUCUCGCUUUUGCAUGCCAUGCAGUGGAGCUUGUCCUGCUGACAUGUAUCAGAAAAGUGAGUGCAAUUAUACAUCUGACAGACAAUGUGAAUACAAUUGUUCUAGUUGUUCCUCCCUUGAAUGCUUCUCCAAUUGCUCUGUUUCAGAUUCCAAUGCUAAUAUGGCGAAGAAAGAUGAGAAAUUUUGGUCUUUGCAAUUGCCGGUGAUGAUCGCUGAGAUUGCUUUUGCUGUCUUCUUUGUUAGUCUUGUGACCUUAAUUUCUGUUUUAUAUGUUCGCUACAAGCUACGAGGUUGUAGGUGUUCCAUAGAAGGAUCAAACGUGAAGAAACUUCAUGGUAGCAACUCUUCCCUCCAAAAAGAGAACAGCAAAAUCAGUCCAGACUUAGAGGAGCUCAAAAUCAGGAGGGCUCAAACAUUUAACUAUGAGGAACUUGAAAGAGCAACAGGCGGGUUCAAAGAAGAAUCCAUAGUUGGUAAAGGAAGCUUUUCGUGUGUAUUCAAAGGAGUGUUAAAAGAUGGGACUGUCGUAGCAGUUAAAAGGGCCAUAAUGUCUCCCAACAUGCAAAAGAAUUCCAAAGAGUUUCAUACAGAACUUGACUUACUUUCCAGGUUGAACCAUGCCCAUUUACUCAACCUGCUAGGGUAUUGUGAAGAAGGCGGAGAAAGGCUUCUUGUUUAUGAGUUCAUGGCGCAUGGCUCCUUGCACCAACAUCUCCAUGGGAAAAACAAGGCCUCCAAAGAACAGUUGGAUUGGGUUAGAAGAGUAACAAUUGCAGUUCAAGCAGCUAGAGGAAUUGAAUAUUUGCAUGGCUAUGCCUGCCCACCUGUGAUCCACAGAGACAUCAAAUCUUCAAAUAUCCUCAUUGAUGAAGAACACAAUGCCAGAGUUUCUGAUUUUGGCUUGUCAUUACUGGGUCCAGCUGAUAGCAGCUCCCCCUUGGCUGAACUACCUGCGGGAACGCUUGGCUAUCUUGAUCCUGAAUAUUACAGACUUCAUUAUCUUACCACGAAAUCUGAUGUAUAUAGCUUUGGCGUGCUGCUCUUGGAAAUUCUGAGUGGCAGAAAAGCCAUUGACAUGCAAUACGAAGAAGGUAACAUAGUUGAAUGGGCCGUGCCGUUGAUUAAGGCGGGAGACAUCACGGCAAUUUUAGACCCAGUUCUAAAACCUCCUCCUGAUCUCGAAGCCUUGAAAAGGAUUGCAAACGUGGCCUGUAAAUGCGUGAGGAUGAGAGGGAAAGAGAGACCAUCAAUGGACAAAGUGACAACUACUUUGGAGCGAGCUCUUGCACAACUAAUGGGAAGCCCAAGCAACGAGCAGCCAAUUUUGCCCACCGAAGUGGUGCUGGGGAGUAACAGAUUACACAAGAAAUCGUCUCAAAGAUCUUCCAACAAGUCAACUUCAGAAACGGACGUGGGGGAAGCUGAGGAUCAAGGAUUCGAGUUCAGAGCACCGUCGUGGAUCACUUUUCCAAGUGUUACUUCUUCUCAGAGAAGGAAAUCGUCGGUGUCAGAGGGGGAUGUGGAUGGGAAAAAUGCAGAAGUGAAGAACUUGGGGAACGUGGGUGGUGGCGACGUUUUGAGGAGUCUAGAGGAAGAGAUUGGACCUGCUUCUCCUCAGGAGAGGCUGUUUUUGCAGCACAACUUCUGAGAUUAAUUUGAGUAUCAAUUCUCACUGGCGAAGCAAAUCCAUCGUGUGUAUCUGGUUUCUGUGUUUCAUUCUCAAUUACGUUUCAUUUAUACAGAUCAUUGGAUGAGACGCUGUAAAAACGUGGUGGUCAAGUAAAGCCAUGGACGGUUCCACUGUAUUGCCACGCUACGUUAAAUUGAGUAUUUGGAAAUUUUCUCGUGUAGUAA